GCAACGUCAGAGCUCUGCAGCUUGAUGACACUUUUUUGACUCACCUGGAAGGCUCUGCUAUGACUGUAUACGUCAGCCCAAGUGGAGGCUCCUAUGUCUGUCCAUGAAAACUCAAGCGGCGGUGCUCUGAUGGAGUUCCUCCGAGCUCCCAGGGCAAAGUACACCAUCAUCGGAGAGGCCAUACGCUACGUUCUACCAGCAGAAAUGCAAUGUUCUAUUGGCUGUGGAGGUCGGCACUGCAAGUACGACAACCCGGACUACUGGCCUGAAGACCAGCAGGCUAUUCAAGGCCUCUACUCUUCAUGGGUGACGGAUCAUCUCCUUGCUAUGUCCAGACCUUCAACUGAGAUCAUUGAAAAAUACAACAUCAUCGAGCAAUUCAGAAGGCACGGCAUCAAAACGGUGAUCAACCUGCAGAUACCAGGUGAACAUGCCAGCUGUGGAAAUCCUCUGGAGCCAGAAAGCGGCUUCUCCUACAAGCCAGAGGCUUUCAUGAGAAACAACAUUUAUUUCUACAACUUUGGCUGGAGUGACUACGGAGUGGCCAACCUGACCACGGUGCUGGACAUGGUGAAGGUGAUGGCCUUCGCACUGCAGGAGGGAAAGGUUUCUGUGCACUGUCACGCUGGUCUUGGAAGAACAGGUAUGCUCUUGGCAUGUUUCCUGGCCUACACCACCAGGAUGACAGCCAACCAGGCUAUCUUGUACGUGAGGGCUAAACGGCCAGGUUCCAUUCAGACUCGGGGUCAGCUAAGCUGCGUACGAGAUUUUGUGCGGUUCCUCUGUCCUUUGAGAUGCGUGUUUUCCUGUGCUGCGCCUCGAUCAGAACCCAUCACCUUGACCCAGUACCUGAACCGCCAGAGACACAUGCUGCAUGGCCUUGAGCGUAAAGAACUGAGGCACCUACCAAAGAUUGUCCAACUGGUUUCCCGCCUGCUGUUGGAUAUUGCAGAGAAUCGCCAAGUGAUUGAGGAGGACAUUCUGGAGGCACCAGACAUCCAUGAUAUUGAGAUGACAAUGAGCAUCAUUGAAAAACUUGGACCAGAGUUUUGCACAAAGGAGCCUCGCCUGCCAGGUUCCCUGACCUUACCCAGACAUUUUAAUGAGCCAGCCAUCUUCUACCAUCGUAAAAGUCUGAGUUACAGUGAGUCCGAUCUAAGACGUCUGGGCUCGCAGCUCAACCUUCUCACGCAGCCUUUGGGCACGCUCUCACAGGAAAAUCUGUCCAGGUCCGUUUCCCCAGCAGAGUCCUUUAAGCCUGCAGCUCAUUGGAACAGUAACACACCAGACAUCUCCAACAGCUCCGCCGGAUCACUCUGGCAGGUCAAGAACGACAAAAGGGACGAGUCCAUUUUGUUGAAGAAAGUCAAGCAAAAACUGAUGCAACGCAGUGAGUCCUUCAGAAACAACGGUCCUCUCCAGAAAGGUAGCAGGCUGUCCAGGUUGAAGGCAGAGCAGAGGGAAGAGUUGGCGGAAAAUGAUACGGAGUCCUGUUGCAAAGAGGAGGAGCAGUCCGAGGUGCCUUUCAUCACCCUGCAGACCGAGUUGUCUCUGGACGCCCGGAGGUUGCUGGUGGCACAGGCCCUGGCAGUCGAUCUUUUCCUGGACGGAGAUGAUGAGCACAGAAACCAAGUCUUAGCCUGGCAGGCAGAGUUGAACCAAGGAGGUGCGUGGGAGAGGUUGUGUAUGGAGCGAGAUCCUUUCAUCCUCACAGGUCUGAUGUGGGCGUGGCUAGAGCAGCUUCAACAACCUAUCAUCUGCCUCCAGGACGCCGAGCGCCUCGACGCUGAAAACGCCGACGCUCAGACUGUUCUCGACACACUUGAGCAGGCCCCCAGAGAAACCCUCACGUGCAUCUUGGACUGCAUGGCUCAUCUGCUGAGCGUACCCGAGCAGGUGGACCUGGCCUUCUUGAAGCGUACGAUCAAAGCGUUCACCUGGAUGGACCACAACGAAGGAGACGUUUACGAGUCCAUGACCGCGGUCCUCAGGUGUGUCCUGGAGGACAUGAGAUCUGCUGCCAGCAAAGAAGAAGAGACACCCAAGUCCUUUUCCUAGUGUCAAUAUUAUUUAUCGACGUGCCUUUUCGUGAAAAUAUACAAAAAUGAUCACUUUUUAUGUUCUGCCUUAAUUCUGCAAGAUAAACAUUAAUACCAGUUCUCCUGGAAGGCUAGGAGCAGGGCAAAAGUGCCAAGGAGUGUGUCGACCUCGAAACCAAGUGUAGUCCGACCGAGUGUUGCUGAGCAAUAAGCACACAAAUGUAAGUACAAACCCCGUUUCCAUAUGAGUUGGGAAAUUGAGUUAGAUGUAAAUAUAAACGGAAUACAAUGAUUUGCAAAUCAUUUUCAACCCAUAUUCAAUUGAAUGCACUACAAAGACAACAUAUUUGAUGUUCAAACUCAUAAACUUUAUUUUUUUUGCAAAUAAUAAUUAACUUAGAAUUUCAUGGCUGCAACACGUGCCAAAGUAGUUGGGAAAGGGCAUGUUCACCACUGUGUUACAUGGCCUUUCCUUUUAACAACACUCAGUAAAUGUUUGGGAACUGAGGAGACACAUUUUUUAAGCUUCUCAGGUGGAAUUCUUUCCCAUUCUUGCUUGAUAUACAGCUUAAGUUGUUCAACAGUCCGGGGGUCUCCGUUGUGGUAUUUUAGGCUUCAUAAUGCGCCACACAUUUUCAAUGGGAGACAGGUCUGGACUACAGGCAGGCCAGUCUAGUACCCGCACUCUUUUACUAUGAAGCCACGUUGAUGUAACACGUGGCUUGGCAUUGUCUUGCUGAAAUAAGCAGGGGCGUCCAUGGUAACGUUGCUUGGAUGGCAACAUAUGUUGCUCCAAAAACUGUAUGUACCUUUCAGCAUUAAUGGCGCCUUCACAGAUGUGUAAGUUACCCAUGUCUUGGGCACUAAUACACCCCCAUACCAUCACAGAUGCUGGCUUUUCAACUUUGCGCCUAUAACAGUCCGGAUGGUUCUUUUCCUCUUUGGUCCGGAGGACACGACGUCCACAGUUUCCAAAAACAAUUUGAAAUGUGGCCUCGUCAGACCACAGAACACUUUUCCACUUUGUAUCAGUCCAUCUUAGAUGAGCUCAGGCCCAGCGAAGCCGACGGCGUUUCUGGGUGUUGUUGAUAAACGCUUUUCGCCUUGCAUAGGAGAGUUUUAACUUGCACUUACAGAUGGAGCGACCAACUGUAGUUACUGACAGUGGGUUUCUGAAGUGUUCCUGAGCCCAUGUGGUGAUAUCCUUUACACACAGAUGUCACUUGUUGAUGCAGUACAGCCUGAGGGAUCGAAGGUCACGGGCUUAGCUGCUUACGUGCAGUGAUUUCUCCAGAUUCUCUGAACCCUUUGAUGAUAUUACAGACCGUAGAUGGUGAAAUCCCUAAAUUCCUUGCAAUAGCUGGUUGAGAAAGGUUUUUCUUAAACUGUUCAACAAUUUGCUCACGCAUUUGUUGACAAAGUGGUGACCCUCGCCCCAUCCUUGUUUGUGAAUGACUGAGCAUUUCAUGGAAUCUACUUUUAUACCCAAUCAUGGCACCCACCUGUUCCCAAUAUGCCUGUUCACCUGUGGGAUGUUCCAAAUAAGUGUUUGAUGAGCAUUCCUCAACUUUAUCAGUAUUUAUUGCCACCUUUCCCAACUUCUUUGUCACGUGUUGCUG